CCCACAACCUGCUGUUAAUUCAGCUUCAGUUUUGACAUAUCUAUAGAAGACUUUCCACCAUCAACAUUUUGUUGAGCUGCUUCGUUGCUCAAGAGGCUUCCUGAACUCCACGGUGCUGCUAGGCCGGAGACAUGCAAGCCAUCAAAUGUGUGGUGGUAGGAGAUGGAGCUGUAGGUAAAACUUGUCUCCUGAUCAGCUACACCACCAAUGCAUUCCCAGGAGAAUAUAUUCCUACUGUCUUUGAUAAUUAUUCUGCCAAUGUGAUGGUUGAUAGCAAACCUGUAAACCUGGGACUAUGGGAUACAGCUGGCCAGGAGGAUUAUGACCGCUUGAGGCCUCUCUCCUAUCCACAGACUGAUGUCUUUCUCAUCUGCUUCUCUCUAGUCAGCCCUGCAUCUUAUGAAAAUGUUCGUGCUAAGUGGUUCCCUGAAGUACGACAUCACUGCCCUAGCACUCCCAUGAUCCUGGUGGGCACGAAGCUGGAUCUCCGGGAUGACAAAGAUACUAUUGAGAAGCUGAAGGAAAAGAAGUUGGCCCCUAUUACUUACCCACAAGGUCUUGCCCUAGCCAAAGAGAUUGAUGCAGUGAAGUAUCUUGAAUGUUCAGCCCUCACUCAGCGUGGCCUGAAAACAGUGUUUGAUGAGGCCAUUCGAGCAGUUCUCUGUCCACAACCUACAAAGACCAAGAAAAGGGGGUGCAACAUCCUUUAGGGAAUUUGAAUUUUGGCCCUUCACACCAGACCUUUCUCUGGACUUUGAAGAGGAGAUGAAGAUAGAAAACUUUACAGGCUGCUGGAUUUUUAACCUUGUUUCACUCUGAAUAGCCCAGUGCUUCCGCAACUAGCUAUUUGUUCACUUAAAAAAAAAUCUGAAUGUAUGCAUUACUUUAUUCUUAACAAGGUGCAUUCCAGUAUAAAUUGCUUUCUCUCUCACACACACUGUCGACCUAAUUUGUGACUAUUGCUUAAAAAAAAUAAAAUGCAGUUAUGGCAAUAUA